GAAGCAUAUUUGUCUAGGCGUACUGCAGUUCAACAAUUUAAAUUUGUUGACCCCUGGAUUCUUCAUUUGUCUUCAUCAACAAAACCAUUCAGCCAUAUACUGUUGGAUAAAGGUGAUAUUUUUUUGGCCCAGGGUUCAAAGGUAGUAAAGGUUGAUACCUCUCCAAGUGCUCCGCCAGUUACCCUUUCAGAUCAUAAUGCAAGAAUUACUUGUAUGAGAUUAUUUUCCCUCAACGAAACAUCUCUUUUUCGAAGUGAGGCACAAAUUAAAGAUAAAGUUUUGAUAACCUUAAGCUGUGAUCACUUCAUUCGUCUAUGGUGGAAGGACUGUUGCCAGCACUGUUUAAGAGGUCAUAACGGCCCAGUUACGACUCUUUCAGAUAAAUUGCUAGGUGACUGUAGUGGAAAAGUACUUGCAAGUGGAGGUGAAGAUGGUACUGUUCGUCUUUGGUCCCUGACCUCAAGUGGCAAACGUGGUCAACGUGCUUUAAGAACUACCUUUCAUGGGCAUGAGAAACCUGUCUCACUGUUGUCAGUUGCUGGGCACAAAACCUCUCUCCUGGUGAGCAUUUCAAAAGAUGCAAAGGUGCGUAUGUGGGAUACGACUUUGUCAUCUGCUGGUCGCUCCUCAUCCUGUGUGGGAAUGAAUAGUGUGCUUGGAGCACCUGUGGGUAUAAAAUGCCAUGAAUCACUAUGUUAUAUUGCUGCUGGUACUGCGGUUACAGCAAUUGACCUGAGAACAACGCGAAGAGUUGUCACAGCAGCAAUUCAUCAGCCAAAACUCUACUCUUUUGAGAUGCUGCCCUCUAAAUCCCUCAUCUGCACUGGUGGAAUUGACAAAGUGAUGCUGUGGGAUAUUAGGAAAACCCAAGAGAAACCAGAACCUAUGGCAGAGUUGGAUGGGCAUGUGGGUCCCGUAUCACAUCUACAAAUUGAUCCAUAUAAAAUAAUCAGUGGAGGGCCAGAAGAUUUCUACGUGAAGGUUUGGGAGACUGAUACUGGUGUGCAAAUGAAUUCUUUGGAAUGUUGUAUUCCUGAUGAAUCAGGCUCCGGAAUUGGGUGCUCUGCCAUGGCCGUUGAUGGGUCUCGAAUGGUAACUGGCAGCUGUGGUGUAGAACCUGGAUCAGCAUACUUUAGGGACUUCAGCAAUGCUACUCAUCCAAUUGCUUCAAAUGAGGACGGCGUCUCUUCUAAGUAUUGGGAGCUAGAAGUGCACUCUGGUCGCCAAUGACUGACUGCAUGUUCAGCUUGCAAAGCUCAAGUCUUCUGAUAUAUUUAUUGACCAUACACAUUGGUUUUAGACGAAUGUUUAUCUAGUUACUGAUAUGGUAGUGAAAAGCUAGAGUUUUUAUCUU